CCUACUGUGGUAAUGCACGGAGGAGCGUGAUAUUGGGAAAUUCGAUGCAGACAAUCUGUUUGGGUCAUACACACGCACACACGUACACACUACAGUACAGUACAGUACAGUACAGUACAGUACAGUACGCACGGCGUACGUGCGCUGCGAGCUAGCUGCCGGGCCGGGCCUGCGUGUACGUAUAUACGUGUACGUAUGUGGAGGAACGUUAACGUCACCCAACAAAAGUGGUGCCACCACCACCACCAUGCCACCCCCUCUACCAGCACCACACGCACGGCGCGCCCUCCUCCUGCUGCCAUGCCCGGGUUUGGGCCGAUGAAGCCGCCGCGGAACUUUCCCGAACAAUGGACACUUCAACGUCCAGCCUCGGGACCGUCUCGGAGACAGAAUCGUGUCUGACCAGGGAUUCGUCGCUGGAAAUAUCCAGGAGCAUCGCUCUCAGCAGAAUACCGACCAGAAGACCUCCCGCGACCCACCGGAAGAGGUUAUCAUUUAACGUGAGCGGCACGGUGUUCGUCACGUCUGCCUUCCUCUUCGACAACCACCCGGACACGCUGCUCGGAUGUGACGAGAGAGACUACUUCUUCGACCCGCGGCGGGAGGAGUACGUUUUUGACAGGGACCCGAAGGUCUUCAGAUACAUCUUGAUGUACUACAGGACGGGAAGCCUGCAUUUUCCCCAGGACGAGACCGCACAAGCUUUCGAAGAUGAGCUCACCUUCUUUGGAAUACGUCCCGACCUCAUCGCGCCUUGCUGUCGGGAGGUUUACACGGACAACAAGGAGGCGGAGGAGAAGUACAGACAAGACUGCAUGCAACCCAAGGAGCGCCCGAGAUCGGGACCUCUCGCCAAACUCUGGCAGAUUCUAGAGGAUCCCUACAACUGCGCGGCGGCGACGGUGAUUUUCUCUGUCACGGGUCUUUUUAUAGUGCUGUCCAUCCUCGCGAACGCGGUGGAGACGAUCUGGUGCCUGGACUAUGACAUGGUGACGUACGUCAGGUGUGGGGAGCGUUACAAAGUCACGUUCUCUGUCAUCGAAGUGGCCAGUGUGGGCGUGUUUACUACAGAAUACAUACUGCGUCUCAUAGCCACCCCGGAUAGGCGCAAGUUUCUGAAAAGCCUCCUGAGCAUCGUCGACAUCGUUUCUAUCCUCCCGUUCUACAUCGCGCUAUGCAUCCCGGAGAACAAGGAGUUGAACGGCUUCUUCGUCACCCUCCGGAUUUUUCGUGUGUUCCGAGUCUUCAAACUGUCCCGUUCGUCCGCCAACAUGCGCCUUCUGGGCAACACGCUCACGGCCUGCCUACAGGAUCUCAGCUUCCUGCUGUUCGCCCUGGCCGUCAUGGUGACCAUCUUCGCCACCGUGAUGUACUACUGCGACAAGGGGCACCCGGACUCCAACUUCCACAGCAUCCCGCACGGCAUCUGGUUCAUCGUGGUGACGAUGACCACGGUGGGGUACGGCGACACCGUGCCGGAGACGCUGGCGGGCAAGCUGGUGACGACGGUCUGCUGCCUCAGCAGCAUCGUCCUCCUCACGUUGCCGGUCACCAUCAUCGUCUCCAACUUCAGCGCCAUCUACGCCAUGGAGCUGGAGGCGCUCAAACGCAAGAACUUCGAGCCCGUGAUGUCGGAGAAGCCUGAGAUCAAAGGGUUCGAGCGGCAGCACGAGCACCUGCUGGAGUGUCUACAGAGCACGACGGAUAGGAGGUUUAAGAGAUUAAAGUCGACCGAGACUUUGGGGGAUUACCAGAACAGGAUUGGGUCCACCUCCACAGACGAUGGCAGCUCAGACUGGCAGGACAUGAGUCCAGACUUUACAACAAAUCAAGACACCUACGUCUUUUUACCGCAGUAAGCCAUAG